GCUUAUUUCCUUUAUUCAUGUUUCUGUACCUGGGAAAUCUGAAGUCGUUCCUCUCAAACCAAACAGUACAGAACUCACAGGUUGCCAUGUUUAUACUGCUUGUGUUUGGAUUGCUACUGCAAGAAAUUCUGGCUUAUUCCCAAGCUGAAAAUCCUGCUGAAUUCCCAAACAUUCCAAAAGAGCCAUUCUACAGCUACAAAGCCAUCAACUUGCCAGAUGAGCACAUCCCCUACUUUCUGCACAAUAACCAGCACGUUGCUGACAUCUGUAAGCAGGAUGCUCUUUGCCCAUAUAAAAAACACUUGAAGAAAUUAAAAUCCUGCUGGGGUUAUGAGAAAUCUUGCAGAUCAGAGAACAGGUUCAGUUACCCAGUGUGUGAUUAUGUUGAAACUGGGUGGGCAAGUGACAUCGAGACAGCCCAGCAGAUAUUCUGGAAACAAGCAGACUUUGGAUAUGUUCAAGAGAGGCUCAGUGAAGUGAAAACCCAUUGCAAGCCUGCAGCAACAGGGGAUUCAUCUCUGACCUGUUCCCAGUACCUUCAGCACUGCAGAGCAACAAACUUGUACAUUGAUUUACGAGCUGUAAAGAGAAACCAUGACAGAUUCAAAGAAGACUUUUUCCAGAAGGGAGAAAUUGGCGGUCAUUGUACUCUUGACGUUCAAGCAUUUUUGGCUGAAGGUCAACGCAAGAGCCCUCUGCAAUCUUGGUUUGCAGAACUCCAGACAUUCACUGCAUUAGACUUCAGGCCUCUAGAAGAUGGGAAGUGUGACAUUGUUAUUGAAAAGCCAACGUACUUCAUGAAAUUAGAUGCAGGUGUUAAUAUGUACCAUCACUUCUGUGAUUUUGUCAAUCUUUACAUUACCCAGCAUAUCAAUAAUUCCUUCAGCACUGAUGUCAACAUUGUCAUGUGGGACACUAGCUCAUAUGGCUACGGUGACCUGUUCAGUGAGACAUGGAAGGCAUUUACUGACUAUGAAAUAAUUCACCUGAAAACCUUUGACUCUAAAAGGGUGUGCUUUAAAGAAGCCGUGUUCUCUUUGCUGCCUCGGAUGCGAUAUGGAUUGUUCUAUAACACACCCCUGAUCUCUGGCUGUCACGGUACGGGGCUGUUCCGAGCCUUUUCUCAGCAUGUGCUACACAGAUUAAAUAUUACCCAGGAAGGACCCAAGGAUGGGAAAAUUCGAGUCACCAUCCUCGCACGCAGCACAGAUUACCGGAAAAUAUUAAACCAGAAUGAGCUUGUGAAUGCUUUGAAAACAGUGUCAACGCUGGAGGUCAAAGUGGUGGACUACAAGUACAAGGAACUUGAAUUUUCGGAGCAAUUGAGAAUUACCCACAACUCUGAUAUAUUCAUUGGGAUACAUGGAGCUGGACUGACCCACCUGCUCUUUCUGCCAGACUGGGCUGUUGUGUUUGAGCUAUACAAUUGUGAAGAUGAACGUUGUUACCUGGAUUUGGCAAGGCUGAGAGGCAUUCAUUACAUCACUUGGAGGAAAAGGAAUAAAGUAUUCCCUCAAGAUCAGGGACACCACCCAACACUGGGAGAACAUCCAAAAUUUACAAACUACUCCUUUGAUGUGGAAGAAUUUAUGUAUUUGGUGCUUCUGGCUGCAAAUCAUGUUUCACAGCAUUCGAAGUGGCCAUUUAGGGUAAAACAUGAUGAAUUCUAAUUUAGACUUCUGACUGAAAUACUGUUUUUAAUUAGUCACAAAAUGGCCUGGGUUGGAGGGGAUUUUAAAGACCAUCUCAUUUCACCCCUGCCAUGGCAGGGACACUUUCCACUAUCCCAGGGUGCUCCAAGCCCCAGUGUCCAACCUGGCCUUGGGCACUUCCAGGGAUCCAGGGGCAGCCACAGCUUCUCUGGGCACCUGUGCCAGGGCCUGCCCACCCUCACAGCAAAGAAUUUAUCCCUUGUAUCCAAUCUAAACCCACUCCUUGUCAGGUUGAAGCCAUUCCCCCUUGUCCUGUCACUACAUGCCCAUAAAAAAAAUAAAUUUCCACCAAUGAGGGAAAUAACCCAUUGUUAAUUUGUCAGACCACUUCUUAGCACCAUACCUUGUCUUUAUAAUUCCUUUCUAAUCUGGGAGGUUUUGAUAUGUAGAAACUAUUUUUUCAUACUAUUUCUGGUUUUUUGCACUGUAUUUCUACAUUCCAGAUUCUGAAAUACUCUUUAUACAAAGAUAUGUCCACCCAUUUCAUGUAAGGUUUUCUGGGGUAGAUCCAGGGUCAACAGACACUGCAAGCUUCUACUUUAAAUUUAGAAACAUUUUCACAUUAGAGAGCACAGUCUUAUGAUUUUGCAUUUAAAUAUAAACUUUGGCUCUUGUCCCUGUAGUUAUAAAUGCUCCAAUACAAGAGGUCUGCACAAUAGGUUCAGUCAGUUUUCUGUCUCAGAGAAGGUAAAUCUUUUCCUAAGUGAGUACUUCAAAUUUCAGGUAAUCUGGGCAUUUCCUACUUUUUCACAAAAACGAGCACUCUGCAUUGGAAAACUUGUGCAAAUUGGAAUAAAACUUGACUUUUUGAGGAUUCUAAAGGGAAUGGCCUUCUAGUUUUUUUAAGGACAAAUGAUAAAAUGUGUAGAAUGUCUUUCAGCUGCAGCUGAAAGGAAAGGAAUGAUGAGGAACCUUAUUCUUGGAGUCACUAAAAGCCUAAUUUUUAAUAUUCUUGUUUCCUCAAAGUGUUGAAGAGUUAAUCCAGAAAUUUUUUUUAAUGAGAUCUUUCCAAAGCCAGUAGCACAUUUCACUGCUUUCAGUGAAAGGAAUAUUAAACCAAAGCCGAGUUCUUUUUGAAAUUCCCCCUGGAACUGAGAUAUUCUAGUGGGGAAAAUAAAGGUAGUAGUUCUUUUGUCUUAAGUGGGGCCAGCAGGAUGUGUAGAAGAAUCACAUUCAGUGAGAUAAAACCCUAGAUUUCCAUGUUAAAUUAUGGAUUUUUGGGGAAUGUGUCCCCAUGCUGGGCUUGCAGUUCAGCCGUGCAGUCCCAGUGGCUCGGGGCAGGCACACAUUUGUAUAGAAAAGCAGGAGAGUUCUGGUAAAUACAAACAUUUCACUGCUCUAAUUGUAGAUGGUAUUGACUUCCCUUCCCCAGCAAUUUCACAGAGUGUGGGUGCAUUUACAGACCUGUCUGUACUGGUAGGGAUGAGUUACUGUAAGCACAAUUUUCAUAUAGAUCUCUCAUGACCUUAAUCAGUGCACAGGAAAAGCUGGGUAGAGCUGAGACCUUCAUAUAUUUUGUGUAUGUGGUGCAAUUCUUCCUGGAGAGUGUUGUUUUACUGAGGGAGAAAACUGUUUCACUUUAAAGGACCAUAGAAGCAAAAUUGCACUUCUUUAUAUGAGGGGGGGAAAAAAACCCUUGAGCAAUACCAUUUCCUGUAUUUGUAUGUGUCUGUUGGGGUUUUUACCUUGUGGGUUUUUUAAAGUAAAAAAAUGUGUAAAACUUAA